AUGGCGACCACGGUGGACAAGGUUCGUAGUCGCUCCCAUUAUCAGACCGCACCUGUAACAAGUUUGCUAACCUCAGUCCCCCACCAGAUCAAAGAUAUUGAGGCCGAAAUGGCCAAAACCCAGAAGAACAAGGCGACGUCCUACCAUCUGGGUCAGCUCAAGGCCAAGUUGGCCAAGCUCAAGCGCGAGCUGUUAACUCCCAGCGGUGGAGGAGGUGGCGGUGGUGCUGGUUUCGAUGUGGCCAGGACUGGUGUUGCCAGUAUUGGCUUCAUCGGUUUCCCUUCAGUAGGCAAGAGUACGCUCAUGAGCAGACUGACCGGCCAGCAUUCGGAGGCUGCCGCAUAUGAAUUCACUACCCUUACCUCUGUGCCUGGUCAAGUGGUCUACAACGGCGCUCCCUUGCAGAUUAUUGACCUUCCUGGUAUUAUUGAAGGUGCCAAGGAUGGUCGUGGCCGAGGUCGACAAGUUAUUGCUGUGGCCAAGACUUGCCAUCUGAUCUUCAUUGUGUUGGACGUGAACAAACCUUUGACGGAUAAGCGGGUGAUUGAGGCGGAACUCGAGGGCUUCGGAAUCCGCAUCAACAAGGAGCCACCCAACAUCACCUUCAAGAAGAAGGACAAGGGUGGCCUCAAUAUCACCAACACCGUGCCCUUGACCCAUAUCGACCAUGGCGAAAUCAAGGCUGUCAUGAACGAAUACCGCAUCAACUCGGCGGAUAUUACAAUCCGCUGCGACGCUACUGUCGACGACCUGAUCGACAUCCUUGAGGCCAAGAGUCGAAGCUACAUUCCCGUUGUCUACUGUCUGAACAAGAUUGACUCGAUCAGUAUUGAGGAGCUCGAUCUUCUAUACCGUAUCCCCAACGCUGUUCCCAUCAGCUCUGAGCACGGAUGGAACAUUGACGAGCUGAUGGAGGCUAUGUGGGACAAGCUCAGCCUUGUUCGAGUGUACACAAAGCCCAAGGGCAAGCAGCCAGAUUACUCUCAACCUGUCGUGCUCCGAGCCUCGCGCUGCACCGUUGAAGAUUUCUGUAACGCCAUUCAUCGAAGUAUCACGGAGGUUUUCAAGACAGCCAUCGUUUACGGCAAGUCUGUCAAGCAUCAGCCUCAGCGCGUUGGCUUGGCCCAUGAAUUAUGUGACGAGGAUGUUGUAACAAUUGUCAAGCGAUGA